AUGGCUAGGCAGACUCUAGGUAGCACUCUGUGGCUUCUGCUGGACAUCUUACUAUGUUUCCCAUUCUGUCCUCCUUUGAGUGGGCAGUAUGUGACCGAGAUGCCAGGUGUACUCCACUGUGGGCUACAGAACUUCCAGUUUACCAUGAACCUCAGCCUGGAGGCAGAGAGUCCUGAGUUAACAGCUUGGGAUAGCCAAGGGCUGCCACACAAGCUAAAGAAUGAUUCUGACUGUGGUACGUGGGUGAUGGACAGACCUGGUGGCCCCCUGGUGUUGGAAGCUAUGUACAAUGGCUGCUAUGUCACUCUGAGGGGCUCCUACUAUGUCAUGGUAGUUGGAGUGCAAGGGGUGGAUGUAGCUGGCCAUAUGGCAGGAGCAAUGAAGAGACUGCUUAAGUGCCCUUUAGGUCUUCAAGCCCCAGGUACUCUGAGCACUGAAGUGUGCAAGCCUGUGCCAGUAAAGGAAAGGCUGCCCUGUGCUCCCUCACCCAUCUCUCAAGGAGACUGUGAUGAGUUAGGUUGCUGCUACAGCUCUGAAGAGGAAGAGGUGGGCUCCUGUUACUAUGGAAACACAGUGACCUCCCAGUGCACCAGAGGGGGCCGCUUCUCCAUUGCUGUGUCCAGGAAUGUGACCUCGCCACCCCUGCGCUUGGAUUCACUACACUUGGUCUUCAGGAGUGACAGUGGAUGUGAUCCUGUGAUGGCAACGCCCACCUUUGUCCUGUUCCACUUUCCAUUUACUUCCUGUGGGACCACAAGGCAGAUCACUGGAGACCAGGUCGUAUAUGAAAAUGAGCUAGUGGCCACUCAAGAUGUGAGAGCCUGGGACAGUGGCUCUAUUACCCGAGACAGCAUCUUCAGGCUCCGAGUCAGCUGCAGCUACUCCAUUCUCAGCAGCAUAUCCCCAAUUAAUAUGCAAGUGCUGGGUCUCCCACCACCUCUUCCUAAGAUGCAGCCUGGGCCUCUCAAUCUGGAGCUUCAGAUUGCCAAGGAUAAAACCUAUGGUUCUUACUAUGGUGCUAAUGACUACCCACUGGUGAAAUUACUCCAGGAUCCUAUCUAUGUUGAAGUCUCCAUCCUUCACAGAACAGAUCCCUCUUUGGGGCUACUGCUAGAGCAGUGUUGGGCCACACCUGGCCCUAAGCCUUUUCAUCAACCACAGUGGCCAAUCCUGGUGAAGGGAUGCCCAUAUGCUGGAGACAACUAUCAGACCAAAAGGAUCGCUGUCCAGAAAGCAUCAAGGCCCUUCCCUUCUCAUCACCAACGCUUCAGCAUCUCUACCUUCAGCUUCACCAAUGAUGUAAGGGAGAAACAGGCUUUUGGUGGACAGGUAUACCUGCACUGCAGUGCACUGGUCUGCCAGCCCGCUGGGACACUGUCCUGCAUGGUAAUCUGUCCUGCUUCAAGGAGAAGAAAAUCUGAGCUUCAUUUUGAAAACAACACUGCCAGCAUCUCUAGCAAGGGCCCUGUGAUCCUUCUCCAAUCCACUAAGGACCCUAAAGACAUUCUUCAUAGAUACUCAAGCACCCCCAUGGAUUCCCCUGCUCUGUGGGUAGUAGGACUUUCUGCAGUAACAAUCAUCAUUGGAGUCUUGUUAAUAUUCUACUUGGCCAUCAGAAAACCAAGAUGA